AUGAGCCAGCAAGAUCAGGUCACCCCGCUUGGUCGGCCAGGCGGCCUACAAUAUUCCUUCGGAACCAGUGGCGCUGGUCAUUCGCUCACAUGGUGCCCUCCGGCCUUCUCUGGAUCCCAAAAUCAGCUGAACCAUGCAGACUUUCCCCUUGAGAAGCGUCGAAGACUCAAUGAGGUCCAGGUCAACGUUGAAGCGCAUGGAGUCGCCAGGAUCCGUCUGGGCGAGGACAUGACAAAGGACCACGAGAAGAUUCUUUCGAAAGUCAAAUCUGAGAGAGACGCGUCUAUACGUGGUCACCGUGAAGCCACGACGACUUACGACAGGAUUACUUCUGCCCUGAGAGUUGAGGUGAAUGGACUUCAGCAAGAGCUAAAAGAUACCAAAAAAGAUCUUGAAAAUGCCAAACAGGAACUGGAGAAUGCGGAGAUAGAACUCGAACGGUCGUCCAACGCUUCCUUUGACUUGAGUACCGAAUUGUCUCCUUUGAUGAGGACCAUCAAAUAUCUAAGGGGCGGCCAUAAGGAGCAGCUCAGCACUCUCGAAAAGGAUCUUGAGGACUCUGAAGACAAUUGUCAGGCUGCCUCGGACUCAUUGAAGAUGCGCGAGAGGGAACUGAAGGCUUGUCACGACCUUAAUGCUCAGACAAUCAAAGAAUUUCGAGGAUCCAACAUGAAGUGCAUCAGUGAGAAUGUUGCUCUGCAGAUCAAGGUAUCACGGCUUCAGGAUGCCUUGAAGAAGCAGGGACAACCCGAAGUCAUCGAACUAUAG